CACACACACAGACAGACAGAGACACAGAGAGAGUGAGAGACAGAGAUACAUUAUUGCAAUUCAGGUUCGCGGUGAGAAAUGGCAUUGGAUUUCGCUGCGGGAUGUCUGGGCGGAGCUGCUGGGGUUCUGGUUGGGCACCCAUUUGACACUGUAAAGGUGCGACUUCAAGUACAAAAUCCAGAUAAGCCACGUUACCGUGGGACUUUCCACUGUUUCCAGUCCAUCAUAAAACAAGAGUCGGCCUAUGGACUCUACAAAGGUAUUGGUUCACCAAUGAUGGGUUUGACCUUCAUCAAUGCUAUUGUAUUUGGCGUCCAGGGAAAUGCGAUGCGUUACUUAGCGCGGGAUACUCCACUUAAUCAGUUCCUCGCAGGGGCUGCGGCUGGGGCAGUUCAGUGUGUCAUCUGUUGCCCCAUGGAACUGGCCAAAACAAGAAUGCAACUUCAAGGUACGGGUGAAUUGCAAGUAAAGAGCAAAGUCUACAAGAAUUCUCUGGACUGUUUAAUUAGAAUCUAUAGAAAACAAGGGAUCCGUGGAAUCAACAAAGGCAUGGUGACUACCAUCGUAAGGGAAUUACCUGGCUUUGGCUUCUACUUCCUCACGUAUGAUUGUUUAACCAGAGCCUUAAACUGUGAACCCGAUGACAGUCUUAUAAUCCCUAAAUUGCUCUUUGCUGGGGGAAUGUCUGGAAUAGCAUCUUGGCUCUCCACCUACCCCGUUGAUGUUAUUAAGUCCCGGUUGCAAGCUGAUGGAGUGGGAGGAGUGAACCAAUACAAUGGCAUCUGGGACUGCAUCCGUCAGAGCUACCAGAAGGAAGGGUGGCAGGUGUUCACGAGAGGACUCACCUCUACCCUGCUGAGAGCUUUUCCUGUCAACGCUACAACGUUUGCCACAGUCACACUCUUCCUGAUGACUGCGAGGGCUGAAGAAAGUUGCAAAGAGCUGGAGCCAGCCCCAGCGAUCCAGCAGCCUUCAAGCCUGUGAAGCCAUUUGAUGUGUCUUCCUCCUGUUACCUUCAGCAGAGUGUGUCCUCUCUGAUAACUGGAUUUUACUCGUUCUAUUUUUAUAAGUGUAGUAAAAUUACGAAAAUUGUACUGCGGUGUAAAUAAGUUGUGUGUAAGAAUUAUUUCUUUAUAAGUAGCCUUGAGUAUUACGCUGAACAGAAUUCCAUCCAGUUUGGCUGCUUGUGAGACCACAGCUUCAUUCAUGCCUUAUAUAUCAAAUAGAAUGUACAUAGUGUAUUUUAGUUAAGAAUGAAGCAAAGAAUGUGAUUUUUUUUUUUGCCCUCAGGCAUGUAAUGUACAAAAAGCUACUUCACUGACCUGACAAGAAUAAGUUGAUAGCACAGAGGGUCCAAGUUUGAACUACCACAUACGUAAAGAAAGUUAAUGACAGAAAGGAGCACACAGCUAAAGCCAGCUGAACAACCAGUUACAUUUUAUUUGCAGCUACAUUGGGGGGAAAUUUGCUAGUCAGUUUUCUUAAGCUUAACACAUAAAGCUUAUUUAACUAUUUUGAGGAAUCUGUAUUUAAAAUGAAUGGCUGAUUGAUUGAAUGACUAAUAUGCCUCGGUAUUUAAUAUAUUCUAAAUAUUUGACCACAAUGUGAAGUACAGUGUUUAAACUGCACACAAAUCCCUAAAGUCCUUAAGUUCUAAGGCACACAUCUUCAUUGUUGCUGUUACAUGAUGUCGGGAAUUAUCCUGCAGGAUUAUAUAAACUGUGUUAUGGGCCAUUCAACUCAACUGCAAAUAGGCAUUACGUAACAAAUGGCUACGGAUAUUUUUUUCUCUCUCUCUUUCACCCCCACUGCUGUACUUUUGGGAUGUGCUGUGGUGACUCAUACAUGCUUUUAUUUUCCUGAUGUGCGCACAGUAUUUUAAUAUUUAAAAUUAGGUUGUAUUUGGAGCCAAGUGGAGUUACAGUUAAUUUUCAGGAAUCUGUCCACUAUUCUUAGCCUUGGGUUUUUUAGUGUUGUGGUCUCUUGUGUUUUAUAUUGAUGUUUUGUGCAGAGUACAUUUACAGGUUUUUUUUGAUUGAUUGACUGAUGUAUUACAUCAUCUAUGAGGAGUCAUGUUAAUCAGAAUUCUGAACUCCCAUAAUGGCCUGGUGUAAAGAGGUGACCACCCACCGCAGCCACAGAUCAGGCAAGUUUCAAAUGAAUGUAGCCAUAACUUUUUCAAUGAGUGAACAGAUCUAGUAACUCACCACUAGUAAUGAUGUGACCGAUUGAGUUAGUCAGCUCAUGGAUGGAGAAAUAGUUACUAUGAUUCGGGUCCAUAAAGCUUACUGUCUUUGUUUUCCACAAUGCUCAAAUGUGCUGUUCAAUAUUAUCCCAAUUUUGAGUUUUUAAUGAAAACUACCUCUCCCAAGGUAACUGCGGUGGCCCCAGAGGACAACAGAGUUGGGAAACUCAAUUUGUAGCUUGAUCUCAAUGUGAGACGUUUCAGUUUGCCAUCCAGUGGCCUGUGGAAUUGGAAGCUGCUGUUACUGCCAGUUCUGUCUAGCAGGUAAUCAGGUGCCAGUCUUCUUGGCUGCCAUCUGUCAACUACAAGUAAAUUCCACACUAGAGUCCACACCCAUGUUAUAUAGAGGUAUAUCAUGUAUGGCAGUUUUAUGCCUUACUGUCCAGAGAUGGAUUUUUAAAAGUACAAACGUUGGAUUUCAACUACCGAAAGUUCAUGGAUUCAAACGUCUAUGCUCUCCUUUUAAUAUAAUUCACUUUUGCACAAGAACUCUUCUCAACCCAUUGUGCAGUUGUAGGAAUGGACAAAAGCAAGUUGUGUUGACUUGCCUUUUGGGGGCAUAUCUUGUAUCAGGUGACCGAUGGGUGGAAUUACAUAUUCCAACCUUUCUCUGUUGCUUGGGACAGGUGCAAUAUAUAUAUAAUAUCCACUGAUGCUAUUCAACAAAGAUUCUCAAUACAGUUCGCAGUACUGUUUUUUAUGGGCACAAACGACUUUAUUUUGCAAUGAGAGAAAACAUUUGUACAUGGCACGAAGAUCAAUUUUCCGAAUGUCAAAUAAAUUGCAAUCUCAAAGUGCGUGCUUGGAGCCUGGAACCAUGGUGAAUGUCUGCAGAUUAUCUGAAUGAGUUUGUUUAUGUAUUGAAGAUGUGUGCUUGAUUAACUAGACAGUACAGCCUUUGGCUUUUUGGUUAAUCAUGUUGUACUGACUGUUGUGGCUUGUUUCAACCUAGCAAUGUGGUUUAUCAUGUACCUUACUAUGUAAAGUACCAUAUCAAGAUUGAAAGGGAAAAUAAAAUCUACAUUCAGAUCAA